AUGGAAUCAAAUACUCUAUGGGCAAAAGUCAUAGAAUCGUUACAUGGAAGCGACAGAAAAGUGGAAGCGUUUCCAUUCAAGAAAUCUAGAUCAGGUGUGUGGAAAAACAUUGGGGAAAUUGGGAAAGAUUUCAGCAAAAGAAAUAUAAACAUUAACACUAGUUUAUGUAGCAAAGUGGGAAGGGGGGACAAGACUUUAUUUUGGGUAGAUACGUGGUAUGGCAGUGAACCGUUGAGGACGCAAUUCCCGUGUUUGUAUCAGUUAUCUACUAGGAAAAGAGCAAAGGUACAAGAGGUAUAUAAGAUUGUGAAUGGGGGGAUUUUAUGGGAUUGGACGUGGAGUAGAGCUCCGAGUAGCGGUGAGGAAAAGGCCGAAAUGGAAUCAUUGAAGCAGAACCUUCAGAAAUAUGAUUUAUCUGUUAACGAAGACGUGUGGGUAUGGAAGCAGUCCGAAAAGGAAGAUUUUAGCGUGAAAAAUGUGAGGUUAUCUUUGGACCGUAUUAUUGACAUAAAUUCAGAACCAAAUCAGUUUUAUUGGAACAAAUGGGCAACAGCUAAAAGUACAGCUUUCGUGUGGCGAGCAAUCGACGAAAAGAUCCCAUCAGCCGUUGCUUUGGCAAACAGAGGUAUGGAGAUAUCGGAUACAAGCUGCAAAUUAUGCGGUGAAGACAAUGAAGACGCUGUGCACAUUCUGAUGAAAUGCAAUUUUGCUAGGAGGGUUUGGGAUGGGGUCGAAACGUGGACAGGAUUACCAAUGACAAAUGAUGUUAACAAUGUGAAAGACUUGCUGAAAAGGAUUUUAGAUAGUAACAGAAGUCAAUGCAAAAGGAAGUUUCUACAUGCAAUUGCAAUACAAACCAUGUGGCUCUUAUGGAAGAAUAGAAACGAUAAAAUCUUUUCGGGGAGAAGACGCACGGUCCAAAUGCUCAUUGAGGAAAUAAAAGACACAUCCUUUCUAGGAGUAAAACAAAGAUCAAAACAUAGAUCCAUUACAAAACAACAAUGGUGGGAGUUUAGCUUUAAUCUGUAG